GGUAGUGCUCCAUUACGAUGGCUGCCAGCCGCCUUUAAAAGAAAAACAAUUAGAAAAUUCCCUUUGCCACGAACGUAUCAUCACCGAGCCUUCCUUUCCCGCCGUUCACUUGAACUUUAAUUGCUUACUGUUUCCUAAAUUUCGUACAUUCAUUCUUACCAGUAGCUAAUGAGCUUCUCAUGAAGCAAGGUCACAUGUACCAUUUACAUUUCUACAUGAUUAAUAUUUGCAGUACUUACGAAUAAGUUUUUUUGUUGUUAGACUUUGAUAUACCAACACAGAGUCUUUUGCUAAUUUCGGAAGAUUAUUUUACCUCGGCUAAAGCUAGUCGAGCUUUCGUGGCUAAAACCUGGUUUUCGAAAAUCCCCACAACGUUGUAACCACACAGCAUUCACAAUGAAAGUCUCAGAGGAUCAAGUUGUUGAAGAGGAUGCUACAUUUCAGGAUGAGGAGGAUUCUUUUUUCCAAGACAUUGACCUUCUGCAAAAACAUGGCAUAAAUAUGGCAGACAUAAAAAAAAUGAAGACAGUGGGCAUCUGCACUGUUAAGGGAAUCCAAAUGACGACUCGCAAGGCGUUGUGCAACAUUAAGGGAUUGUCGGAAGCAAAAGUGGAAAAAAUCAAGGAGGCUGCUGGGAAGAUGCUGAAUGUUGGUUUCCAGACUGCCUUUGAGUACAGUGCCAAGAGGAAGCACGUUUUCCACAUCACAACCGGGAGUCAGGAGUUUGAUAAACUGUUGGGUGGAGGAAUGGAGAGUAUGGCUAUCACAGAAGCCUUUGGUGAGUUCCGUACGGGAAAAACACAGCUCUCCCAUACACUUUGUGUCACUGCUCAGCUGCCAGGAGAAGAUGGCUACUCAGGCGGGAAGGUCAUCUUUAUCGACACAGAGAACACCUUUCGCCCAGACAGACUGAGAGACAUUGCUGAAAGGUUUAAUGUGGACCAUGAUGCUGUCCUUGACAAUGUUCUUUAUGCCCGGGCCUACACAAGUGAACAUCAGAUGGAGCUAUUGGACUUUGUAGCGGCCAAAUUCCAUGAAGAAGGAGGGGUCUUCAAGCUUCUGAUUAUUGACUCCAUCAUGGCUCUGUUCAGAGUGGAUUUCUCGGGCCGAGGUGAGUUGGCUGAGAGGCAGCAGAAACUGGCCCAGAUGCUCUCCAGACUGCAGAAGAUCUCUGAAGAGUACAAUGUUGCUGUGUUUGUGACCAACCAAAUGACUGCUGAUCCUGGUGCAGGGAUGACAUUCCAAGCUGAUCCCAAGAAGCCAAUCGGCGGCCACAUCCUGGCCCAUGCUUCCACCACAAGGUUGAGCUUGAGGAAGGCACGCGCCGAGAUGAGAAUUGCCAAAAUAUUUGACAGCCCAGAUAUGCCUGAAAAUGAGGCCACUUUUGCCAUCACAGCUGGAGGAAUUACUGAUGCUAAAGAGUGAAAGAUAAACAGAUACAAUGUUAGCACAGUUAGAUGUUCCCUUUUGUUUUUGUAUUAAAAAACAAUAUAUAUUAGAGCAGUUAGCUGUUCCCUUCUAGUAAUUUAGGGUAUUUUUAAGACUUCUGUUGCACGUUGCAGUGUAUAUUCUGUUUGUAUUGUUAGGAUCAUGUCAUCUUGUUUGUGAUUUGACACAAUAAAGAGGAGAUGGUCUUGAAUGUAAAUAAAUGGUCUCAUUGUUACGAGGUGGUCCUCGGUUUAUGACGGCCCCAACAUACGACAUUUCAAGCUUAUAAAGAGCAUUAGGCGUAAACAGUUACCACCGUAGUUACUGUUUGUCCAUGUACCAUUUUCACAUUUAUGGCUUAG